UAGCUAAGCCUCUCGGAUUUUACCAAUAUCGCUAAACAAGUUAGAUCUUUUGUUUAUCGUUUUAAGCAGUAAAAAGACUUACGCAAAAGAGCCGGUGCCAGAAAGAAAAAAUGGAUAUAAAAGGGACCCCCUUGCUGUUGGCCCUUUCUCGCAUCAACAACACGCAGCAAAUCUCAAAGCACACCUCAACCAAGUUAUUUGUUUGAUCCUUCAACAUCUCAAACAUGUUCAAGAUUGUCCUUACGACCCUUGCCUUGACCGUGUUGACGGGGGCAAACGCCCAAGACAACGACCUUGGCGCUCUUCCUGCUGCUAUUCUCCCACCAGCAGGAUAUGUACCCAAGGAAAAGCUAUACGCUGUCGGAACUCAGAACUAUGUCUGUAGCGCUGGCGCUGCGACUCCUUGGACCCUAGUUACUCCAAAAGCGACCUUGUACAAGGAGGAGGCUCAUACGACGGAAGUAGCAAAGCAUUUCUUUACGACUCCGGAUGCUACGGGCGCCAAAGUUAUUUGGGAGGAUGUAAACGGAUCUGGAUCACACGUCCGCGCUGCACCGAAUGCGACAUCCCCGUCUCCAGAUGGUCCCCAAAACGUCCCGUGGGUCAUAUUGAAGGCUACCGAAUCGACCGGAGAGCUCUUUGGAAAUAUUGGAUAUGUUUUACGAAUCCACACUUUGGGUGGUGUUGCCCCGAAUGCGACCGAGUGUACAGCUGCAAAGAAUGGUACAGAAGUGGAUGUCGACUACACCGCUCUCUAUGUCUUUUACACGAAUAAAGGUGCGACAAACACCCCCGAGACGCCUGCCACUACCUCCCAACCGGUGGAAGCAACGAAAACUCCUGUUCCUACUGGCCCGCUAUCGGACGCAACCCGAUCAACUGUGACGAUGGCCAUGUCAGUUGUUCUUUCCGCGGUCGGGUCGGCUAUUUUCUGGCUUUAGAUACUUUUCUCUCUGGGCUGCUGGACCGGCCGUUAUAUUUAUAUAUGUUUAGAUAGUUGUAGAAUUACUUUUUACAUGUAAUGAUUUUCUAUGAAUAAAGGUGUGAUUGAACUGAUA